CUUAACGAUGUCCAAUAUUAUCGAUACUAGCAAGAAAGUACCGAUAAUAUGUAUGCCUGUAACGAUAAGAAUUAUGCGGGCUUUUCAAGUAUUUCCACCGAAAGGCAAAGAACUGGAACCUGGUAUCAGAUUCUAUUUAAAAUUUUUGUUAAUUUCUGUAAUUUCCUGUUUGCCAUGGCUCAGCAGUAUUUUACAUUUAGUAAAGACUCUACAAAGCAAAGAAAAUAAUCGUAUCGAACUUGAUGUCAACUAUGCUGUGUCAUUUACCACGACUUACGCUUUGGUAUGGGCCUAUUUUGUUAAAAUUAAGUCAGUAUCCGCCAUGUAUAACUACAUGUCCGACUUCGAGACAUUCGGAAAGCCCUUAGAUUUUGAUAGAGAUAACAUGGAUUUUAAUAAAUAUGCCAAAAUGCAUUUUGUUUACUUGGAGUCUUUAAUCUGGAUAAUUAUUUUUACUUCGAAUAUAUUUAAGAAGGAAACCUGCCACCUAGAAAACCAAGCUCGUAAUAUGACAGAAGUGUGUGGAUUAUUUACGUAUACAUGGACACCUUUUAAUAUUGACUUCUUUCCUGUUAGGGAAAUUUAUAUGCUUGUUCAGGUUUUUGGGGUUCAUCACUUAUAUAUGGUUGCUGGAUUAAUGGCUUGGCUAGUCUUUGAAACCACCCAUCACAUUGUUGUAAGAAUUAGACAUGUAAAGCAUGUGAUAAUUGAGGCAUUAGCUGAGAAAGAUCCUGUAAUUAGAAGAGACCGAUUUCGAGGUGCUGUACAAUAUCACAAUUCUCUUUUUGGCUUGGAAUACAUAGUAAACGAUGCUUUCAGUAUAUUUCAGUUUACUCAUAUGGUACUCACUGCUGCGGUGUUAGGAACUGGAAUAUACUCUUUAUUACAUGCCAAAUCUUUAUCAACAUUUAUGGUGUGUACUGGCUGGUUUUGGGGUUUAUUUAUGGACUGUUUCAGUGGUCAGCGUCUUCGAGAUGAGAGCUUAGAAUUAGCAGUGGCUGUAUACGAGUCUCCUUGGUACACUUACGAAGUCGAUUUACAAAUGGAUGUCAUGUUGGUUUUAAAGAGGUGCCAGACUAGCUUACAGCUACGUGCUGGCUCAUUUGGUGUAAUGGAUAGAGCGAUGUUUCUAGGGGUGCUAAAGGUAACCUAUUCCUAUAUAGCUUUAUUACAAAAUACAUAGUAUGGACAAGGAACAACAAGGAAAAAUUUGAAGCACUAUAUUAUAAUUUAAGGC